AUGCAGCAUACGAUACUCAUGCUAGUGCUAAUUGCGAUUUCUCUACUGCCGUUAGCUGAGGCAUGGACACUGGUUUGGCGAAAUUCAUCGGAUGCGUCAUUUGUCGAGCAUUCAAAGACUUCCAUGCCCUGUACAGGGAUCAGCAAUGCUAAGGGAAAGCUGUUUGAGUAUGAUUCUGAAGAGGGCCCGUAUGAGAUUUCUUUAUACGGAACCAGUGACUGCUCUGGUCCGGCGAGUGGAUGGGCAUCUCAUAUGCUCAGCAAGAAUGCCUCCGCAGCAAUAAAUUCGUUCAAAGUCGAUUCAAGUGCGACGACCACAUCUUCAUCACUGACCACGACGAGUUCAUCUACCUCCACACAGCCCGCAACCGGUACCGCAGCAACAAGUACGUCGUCAUCUGGGUCUGUGUCUGGACCUGAGACCGGACUAUCUGGUGGGACAAUUGCAGGAAUCGUCAUCGGCGUGAUAGCAGGCGUUGCGAUAAUUGGGGGUAUUUUGUUUUUCAUCGGCCAACGCCGUCGGGCACCUUCGCAAAACCAAGGGCCUAAUGUGGGAUAUGCACCCUCUGGAUACGGCUCACCAGAUACUUAUAUCUCACCAUCUUCUUUUGGAAAAGAUAAUCUGGCCGUGAAUACCAAGAAACAGCUCGAUGCAGUCCCAUCCACUCAAGGGUCGUCAAAUGCACCUACUCGCGUGGUUGAACUUCCAGGAGAUUACAACCCUGCUGAAAUGAGCAACAGCAAUACAAGGACUGAGCUGGAGGGUCAAAUUCAUUCGCCAAUUUCUCCAUCAUAA